GAUGUUCUAUGAUGAGGAGCUAGAGCGUUCAGACCGGUUCUACGCGGGCCAGCCACUGGCGUUCCAGCUGGUCUACGCCCUGUACAACAUGCUGGUGGCCCACUCUGAGAUGGUCUGUUACCUGGUCAUCAUCCUCAACAACAUGCUGUCAGCCUCCUGCAUCACCCUGGUCCUCCCCAUCCUCAUCUUCCUCUGGGCCAUGCUGUCGGUGCCUAGACCCAGUAAGAGGUUCUGGAUGACCGCCAUCGUAUACACCGAGGUAACGGACGGUACAUUAAAGAUGUAUACUGCUAUUGGUAUUUGUAGUAUACAAUCCUUUAGUCUAAUGUGUUUGACUUCUGGUUGACUGCAGGAUGGUAUUGGAUAUUUAUAUACCGCAAUAUGCUACUUAGAGUUACUGCACAUUAAACACAUACAGGUGUAGAAUCUUCAUUUGAUUUUUUUCAAAAUAUGUAUGAACCCCUACAAAAAAAAUUCCAUUCAUUAUUAAUCCACAUGAUAGUUCCGGGUUGCUGCAGCAUUAUUUUCCUGCUGUGGGAAACGGAUCAAAUGAAGAUACUAUAUUUGUAUAGUCCAUGACAGACAUAGAUAGAGUCCACGACCGAGUUAAGAGGUUCUGGAUGACCGGCAUCGUACACUGGGAUGUUAUGCUAUACAUGCCUAUUCAUUCUAAUGACAGUUUACUUCACAUUGCGGUGUUAACUAACAUUACAUGAGUUUAAUAUGUGUCGUAUAUAUACACGGUUGUAAUCAUUAGAGUGAUACUUUCUAUGAUUCUAUACAGUAAGUGUCUCUAUGUUUACGCAAAGAUCAUGAAGCCCCUGAAGUUAAGGGAAAUAGUUGUGGUUAACAUAAUGUCUAGAGUUUCUAGCUGGUAAUGUUUUGGCCCGGAGGCUGUGUCCGUGUGUCCAGGAACCCCGUAAUGACAUCUCAACCCUACGUGUUGGAAUUGUUGUUUCAUGUUACAUUCUGACACUGAUUAAAACGUCUGACUGUGUCACGGGUGCUGAAGGUGGGUGUGGUGCAGGAAUCAAGCGCAGGACGCAGAAACUAAGUCCAAAAGACUUUAGUGAAAUAUUAACGUAGUACACGAGCACAACAAGCCCGGAGGCGAAAUAAAGGCGCACACAGGCGUCAAACAAAAGGCGCACUAACAUGUGCGAAAACCUCUCCAAACAACGGAGGGAAACACGUAGCAACGAACACCAAACAGAAGCGUAAUCACACACAACACCUGACACACACAACGAGAACUAAAUAGGACACUAAUGAAGACUAACUAGAAACAGGUGUACAACAUCAAGACAAAACCAAACGAACAUGAAACAUACAACGGCGGCAGCUAGUACUCCGGGGACGACGACCGCCGAAACCUGCCCGAGCAAGGAGGAGGAGCAGCCUCGGCCGAAACCGUGACAGUACCCCCCCCUUGACGCGCGGCUCCAGCCGUGCGCCGACCCCGGCCUCGGGGACGACCAGGAGGACGCGGAGCAGGGCAUGCGGGAUGGCCCCGGUGGAACUCCGACAGGAGAGACGGGUCUAGGAUGUCCCUCCGCGGCACCCAGCACCGCUCCUCCGGGCCGUACCCCUCCCACUCCACGAGAUACUGGAGACCCCCCAUCCGGCGUCUUGAGUCCAAGAUGGACCGAACGGUGUACGCCGGAGCCCCCUCGAUGUCCAGUGGGGGCGGAGGAGUCUCUCCUAUCUCACCUUCCUGGAGUGGACCAGCUACCACCGGCCUGAGAAGAGACACAUGGAACGAGGGGUUAAUAUUCUUAUAUUCAAUAGGCAGAUGUAACCUAUAACACACCUCGUUCAGUCUUCUCAGGACUUUAAAAGGCCCCACAAACCACCGACCCAGCUUCCGGCAGGGCAGGCGGAGGGGCAGGUUUCUGGUUGAGAGCCAGACUCGAUCUCCGGGUGCGUACACCGGCCCCUCACUGCGGUGGAGAUCGGCGCUCGCCUUGUGUCGACGGAUGGCCCGCUGCAGGUGGACGUGUGCAGCGUUCCACGUCUCCUCCGAGCGCCUCAUCCAAUCAUCCACCGCAGGGGCCUCGAUCUGGCUCUGCUGCCAAGGUGCCAGAACCGGCUGGUAACCUAACACACAUUGGAAGGGGGUUAGGUUGGUAGAGGAGUGGCGGAGAGAGUUCUGGGCCAUCUCGGCCCAGGGAAUAUACCGAGCCCACUCCUCCGGCCGGUCCUGGCAAUACGACCUCAGAAACCUACCCACAUCCUGGUUGACUCGUUCUACCUGCCCAUUGCUCUCCGGGUGGUACCCCGAGGUAAGGCUCACCGAGACCCCCAAACGCUCCAUGAACGCUCUCCAGACUCGGGAGGUAAACUGGGGGCCUCGAUCAGACACUAUAUCCUCGGGUACCCCGUAAUGCCGGAAGACGUGGGUAAAUAGUGCCUCUGCGGUCUGUAGGGCAGUAGGAAGACCCGACAUAGGGAGAAGACGACAGGCCUUAGAGAACCGGUCCACAACGACCAGGAUGGUGGUAUUCCCCUGAGAGAGGGGAAGGUCUGUCACAAAAUCCACUGAGAUGUGGGACCAUGGUCGUUGUGGAACGGGCAGGGGUUGUAACUUACCCCUGGGCAGGUGUCUGGGCGCCUUACACUGGGCGCACACCGAGCAGGAGGAGACAUAAACCCUCACAUCCCUGGCUAACGUGAGCCACCAGUAUUUAGUGCUAAGACAAUGCACUGUCCGGCCAAUACCCAGAUGUCCAGAGGAGGGUGACGUGUGAGCCCAGUAAAUGAGUCGAUCCCGAACCUCGAGCGGAACGUACUUCUGACCCACAGGACACUGUGGAGGGCUAGGGUCGGCACGCAACGCCCGCUCGAUUUCAGCAUCGACCUCCCACACAACCGGUGCCACAAGACAAGACGCCGGUAGUAUGGGAGUAGGCUCAACGGACCUCUCCUCCGUGUCAUACCGCCGGGACAGCGCAUCUGCCUUACCGUUCUGGGACCCAGGGAUGUACGUGAUUUUAAAUACGAACCUGGCGAGAAACAUACUCCAUCGAGCCUGGCGAGGGUUCAGUCUCCUCGCUGCCCGGAUGUACUCCAGGUUCCGAUGGUCAGUCAAAAUGAGGAAAGGGUGUUGAGCCCCCUCAAGCCAAUGCCUCCACACCUUAAGGGCCUGAACUACAGCUAACAGCUCCCUGUCCCCAACGUCAUAGUUACGCUCCGCCGGGCUGAGCCUUUUGGAGUAAAAAGCACAGGGGCGGAGUUUAGGUGGCGAGCCGGACCGUUGAGAGAGCACGGCCCCUAUACCAGCCUCAGACGCGUCCACCUCAAACUGAAAGGGAAUUGUGGGAUCCGGAUGCGCCAGCACCGGAGCCGACGUAAACAGGUCCUUCAGUCUCCCAAAGGCCCUGUCCGCAUCAGCUGACCACUGCAGGCGCACCGGACCCCCUUUCAGAAGGGACGUGAUGGGAGCUGCCACCUUUCUAAAACCCUGGAUAAACCUCCGGUAGUAAUUCGCAAAGCCCAAGAACUGCUGCACCUCUUUGACAGUGGUUGGGGUUUGCCAAUUACGCACGGCUGACACACGGUCCACCUCCAUUCUCACCCCUGACGCGGACAACCGAUAACCCAAAAAGGAGACCGACUCCUGGAAAAACAGACAUUUCUCUGCCUUGACAUACAGGUCGUGCUCCAACAGCCUCCUCAAUACACGACGCACCAGGGCUAUAUGCUCGGCUCGGGUAGACGAGUACACUAGAAUGUCAUCAAUGUACACGACCACCCCUUGCCCCUGCAUAUCCCGGAAAAUCUCAUCCACGAAGGAUUGGAAGACUGAUGGAGCAUUCAUCAACCCGUAUGGCAUGACGAGAUACUCGAAAUGACCCGACGUGGUACUAAACGCUGUUUUCCAUUCGUCGCCCUCCCUAAUGCGCACCAAGUUAUACGCGCUCCUGAGAUCCAGUUUUGUGAAAAACCGCGCUCCAUGCAAUGACUCCGUCAUGGUCGCAAUCAGAGGGAGUGGAUAACUGUAUUUCACAGUAAUCUGAUUGAGACCACGGUAAUCAAUGCACGGGCGCAACCCUCCAUCUUUUUUCUUCACAAAAAAGAAGCUCGAGGAUGCGGGAGAAGUGGAGGGCCGUAUGUAUCCCUGUCUCAAAGAUUCGGCUAUGUAAGUCUCCAUAGCUUUUCUCUCCUCUUGAGACAAAGGAUACACGUGGCUCCGUGGGAGCGCUGCUCCUGCCUGGAGAUCAAUCGCACAAUCCCCCUGUCUAUGAGGAGGCAACUGCGUCGCCCUAGCUUUACUAAACACGAUAGCCAAAUCCCCAUAUUCAGGCGGAAUGUACAAUGCGGGCACUUGGUUUGGACUUUCCACCGAAGUCGCCCCCACGGAAACACCCAGACAUCGCCCCUCACACUGAGCAGACCACCCAUUGAGAGCUCUCUGUUGCCACGAAAUGGCAGGGUUAUAACCAGGGAAUUCCCAGCACCACCGGGUACGCAGGAGAGAGCUCUCAAUGGGUGGUCUGCCGCUAGAGUCCGGAACUCCAGUGCGAACGCCUGUGCGCUCCUCCUCCCCUGUCUCAGGUAGAAUAGACGCUCCCCCGCCGCUUUGCCCUCAGGUGGAUGGUCGAACACGGCCUUGAAGCGACGGGAGAACUCUGCGUAGGAGAUGGUGGUGGCGUCUAUCCUCCUCCACUCGGCUUUGGCCCAUUCCAACGCCUUGCCCGUGAGACAGGAGAUGAGGGCGGAAACGCUCUCGUGUCCCGAGGGCACCGGGUGUACAGUGGCCAGGUAGAGCUCCACCUGCAGGAGGAACCCCUGACACCCGGCAGCUGUUCCGUCAUACGCCCUCGGGAGCGAGAGCCGAAUCCCACUGGGUUCCGGACCUGGGACUGGUGGACCGGCCGAUGGGGGUGGCAAGGUAGGUGGAGGUGUGGGUACCCCUCUGGACUCCCAUCGGUGCAGGGUGUUGAUGACAUCCUGUAGAGCGGUCCCCAGUUGUCUGAUCUGGUCAUCCUGGCCGCGGACAUGCUCCUCCAGCGACUCAGGUGUGGCUGUUGCUCCUGCUGAUUCCAUUAUAUAUGGUGUGUGAUUCUGUCACGGGUGCUGAAGGUGGGUGUGGUGCAGGAAUCAAGCGCAGGACGCAGAAACUAAGUCCAAAAGACUUUAGUGAAAUAUUCACGUAGUACACGAGCACAACAAGCCCGGAUGCGAAAUAAAGGCGCACACAGGCGUCAAACAAAAGGCGCACUAACAUGUGCGAAAACCUCUCCAAACAACGGAGGGAAACACGUAGCAACGAACACCAAACAGAAGCGUAAUCACACACAACACCUGACACACACAACGAGAACUAAAUAGGACACUAAUGAAGACUAACUAGAAACAGGUGUACAACAUCAAGACAAAACCAAACGAACAUGAAACAUACAACGGUGGCAGCUAGUACUCCGGGGACGACGACCGCCGAAACCUGCCCGAGCAAGGAGGAGGAGCAGCCUCGUCCGAAACCGUGACAGACUGGAUGCCGAUCAGAAUGAAACACACAUCCUCACCUGGAUGGAUUGAUUGAUUGUCAUAUUACCAUUAAUAAUCACCCCUAUAAUAACAUUACUGCCUGUUUAUGUCUUCCCUCCCAGGUCACCAUCGUCAUCAAGUACUUCUUCCAGUUUGGCUUCUUUCCCUUCAACCAGAACCUAGUGGUGGAUGGGAAUAGACCCUAUCACCCUCCCAACAUCAUCGGAGUGGAGAAGAAAGAUGGAUACGUCGUCUAUGACCUCAUACAGCUUCUGGCGCUCUUCUUCCACGGCCCACCCUAAGGUACGAGAUCAGACUUUUUUUCCCUUUUUAAUUUUUGUGAAAAAAGGAAAGGGACGGGAGGGCCCUGCCCCAGUAGAACCCCUAUUAAAAUUUUAUGAAUGGGGGGGACUUGAUUUCCUUUUUUUUUUUGUGAGGGCGGGGGGAGGAGAGGCUGUUUACGGAAAUUUGGGGUUUUUUUGUUUGAGUUUUGAUAAGAUGUAUAGUGUAUUGAAAGUGUUGUAGAGGUUUAAUGAACACAGGGGGGGGGAGCAGAUUUUAAGAGGAGGUUUUCAAACCAAAACGGGUUUUUUUUUGGGGGAAACCCAUUGGCCCCGCCCUCCCCCUUUACCCCCCCACCCCCCUACCCCCCCUCUCCUCACCUUCCCCCCCCUCCCUCUACCCCCACCCCCCCUACCCCCACCCCCUCCCCUUCCCUUCCCCCCCAUUCCCACCCCCCACCCCCCCCCCCUUACCUCCUCUACCUUCCUCUACCUCUCCUCUACCUCUCCUCUACCUUCCUCUACCUCUCCUCUACCUUCCUCUACCUCUCCUCUACCUUCCUCUACCUCUCCUCUACCUUCCCGCCACUUGGUUUGGUACCGAGCUUUAUCCCCGUGUCUCUUCUCUGUAUUGUCCCGCCAUAGUGUCAUGGUCUCUGGGACGAAGACAACCUUAAGGACACCAAGAAGGAGAUUCUCCGGCGGGACACUGAGUCAGAGGAGGACGAGAGGAGGGAGAGGGAGGCCACUCCCGUCCCCUCCACCCCCCGCGAGAGGAAGGGCUCCACCCAGACCCUCAGGUCCAUAAAUCUGGGCAUGGGCACCUCCAUGGACUCUGUGCAUUACCUCCAGCAACAGCAGCAGACCUACCAGAGAAGGAAGAGCUCCAGCGGAGGGUCUCAUAUCUCCCACCGCUCAAGCCACACUCUACGCUCCAAGAGAGGCAAGGACACUUACUUGAUUUGACUUUACUUAGCCUUUACUUUACUGUACUUUACGAUUUACUUUAUUUUACUAAAGCGCCAUACUUUUACUUUACUUAGUAGGGAUGUCAAAUGAAGCGUGCAUCGAUAAGAAAAACUAUUCAAACGUCACGAAUCGCCGGGACACUAACGUUUUUUUACUGCUUUAUUAUGAAAAUACCUCUACCUGUUGUGACUGAAUGGAUGGAGUCCUGUCCUUCAGCCCGUCAAACUUGUCUGCAUGUAACUGCGUAUUACAUCAAUCUACAAGUCAGAUAACAACUGUGUGCACAGUAGGGCUGACCCCAUUUAGUCCACCGGUCCAUUGUUUGGUCGAUCGAGAUUCCCUUAGUCCAGCAGUCGAAUUUAUUUAAAACAUUUCAUGGCGCACAAGACAACUGUCUGAUUGGCUCCCGUCUCAGUGGACUAAUCCAUUGCGGAGGCCACGGGGACGACACAGUCCAUCACUCUUAAGACAUGUGACACUGAAUAUGGUUAUAUUAUGUAAAAAAAAUAAUGGUGCAUCGCUAAUAAAUCUAAUAUUAUUUUAUAACAUAUGCGCUUUUGUCCCGCGUUGGACUCUCUGCGGUUUCUGAAACAUAAUCUUCAGUGCGCCGUAGAAUUGGCGCCUUUCUCUAUGUAGCUAUGUGCAUAAUAGCAAAGUUAACCAGCAUAUUGGGAUUGAGAACAAUGCGGCGGAGGUAGCAGCAGAAUGAGGAAACAGCCCUCGCCUAAUUGUCUAAGAAAGUUGAGGAGACUUAAUUAGGUCUAUAAUCAAUAGCCUAACUGUUAAAUGUGACUGGCUUUAUAAAUCAUCCAUAUAUAUCUACAGAAAUAAGACAGAUCCUACUUUUGUUGCCUGUUUUAGUGUUUGUUUAAUAGUUUACGGGAGCACCAAGCCUCAUGCAAAAGGCAAAAUGUCGGAUAAAGCAAUUUCACAGAUGUGGCUGUUUUUAAUAAUAAUAAUAAUAUGCAAUUUAGCAGACGCUUUUAUCCAAAGCGACUUACAGUCAUGUGUGCAUACAUUUUUACGUAUGGGUGGUCCCGGGGAUCGAACCCACUACCCUUGGCGUUACAAGCGCCGUGCUCUACCAGCUGAGCUACAGAGGACCACGCUAUGCUACGCUUUGCCAUGCUGUAUAAAGAUGUGGCUGUUUUUUCAUCUUUGCUGUAUAAAGCCUUUGCAUUUGUUUUUGUUAGAACAGACUGGUAUUCCAGGUGACUACCUCAUGAAGCUGGUUGAGAGAAUGCCAACAGUGUGCAAAGCUGUCAUCAAGGCAAAGGGUGGCUAUUUGAAGAAUCUCAAAUAUAAAAUAUAUUUUGAUUUGUUUAACACUUUUUUUGGUUACUACAUGAUUCCAUAUGUGUUAUUUCAUAGUUUUGAUGUCUUCACUAUUAUUCUACAAUGUAGAAUAUAGUAAAAAUAAAGACAAACCCUUGAAUGAGUAGGUGUGUCCAAACUUUUGACCGGUACUGUAGCAGGGUGUGUAAAAGCCAUAACACAAGUUUUUCCAUCAGCAGACUAUGAUCGAUAAUGUCAAAAGCUGCACUGAAGUCUAACAAAAACAGCUCCCACAAUAUUUUUAUCAGCAAUUUCUCUCACCCAAUCAUCAGUCGUUUUUUGUAAGUGCAGCACAUGUUGAAUGCCUUUCCCUAUAAGCAGGCUGAAAAUCUGUUGUUAAUUUGUUUACUGUGAAAUAGCAUUGUAUCUGGUCAAACACAGUUUUUAUCAAAAGUUUACUAAGGGUUGGUAACAGGCUAAUUGGCCGGCUGUUUGAGCCAGUAAAGGGGGCUUUACUAUUCUUGGGCAGCGAAAUGACUUUAGCUUCCCUCCAGGCCUGAGGGCACACACUUUCUAGUAGGCUUAGAUUGAAAGACAUGGCAAAUAGGAGUCGAAAUAUUGUCCGCUAUCAUCCUCAGUAAUUUUCCAUCCAAAGUUCCAAACGUUCAUAACGCUUUUCAGACAGGCGUGAAAUCCAAAGCUGUGUUAUAUAUUUAUGUCAUAGCUACUUUCUAAAGCUAAAUAUUGACAUAUGUGAUUCGGUCUUAUGUAGCAAAAUUUGAAAUAGUGUUUUUUACAUUGGAUAAAAGUAGAUACAGAGCUACAAAAUGGUAUAUCAUCCACUACAGUUGGGGAACCACGGGAAAGUAAUUCUGCUUUGAAAGUUGAUAAACCUCACUUUUGAGAAAAUGUUCCUUGAAUAUUUUCGUACCUACUGGAGAGCUCUUCUUUGUCUACACCCAUUCAGCAUCGUUCACACCCUCUUAAGCUUUAGCCCCACCCAUCUCUUUAAGGAUUCACAUGUGAGGCCAUGUACUAAACAACCAAAGAUUUCAAGACUAAAGGCUGGUUUAUACUACGGGUGUGUUCGUAAAUGUAAUCUGGAGUGCCAGAGUGCGCUCUGGGUGUUCGUUAACUCAGAGCAUUGUCAGAUUGGCCGUUCGUAAAUUCAGAGCGUUUCGCUCACGGAGCGUUCAGAGCGCACACUGGACGCUCUGGUCGAAAAGUAGGGUUGAUCUGAGCGUUCUGUCCUAACAACAGCAGUCAAGCACCCAAGCUAACUGGCUAACGUUGGCUAACUUGCUAGCUACUUCCGGACACAAAUGAGAGAACAGCUCACUCUGACCAUUUUACUCGCCCUAGCAGAGCUGGUUAGGCUGUUUUCAUGUUAUCCAGAGCGUUGGUGACUGCAACUGUGCUGCUGGCAACAAUUUAAUUAUGCUUUUUCGCCAAUGUUUACUGACACCGGCCAUAUUCAACGGUGUUGAGCGUUCGUCAAUUCGUCAGUUAUUCUGCGCUCUGGCAAACUCAGAUGAGAGUGCUCUGAAAUCAGAGUAGAUAGCCAGCGCAAAUUUACCAGCUAUGUCUAUUGACAGUUGUCGCAGUGACAUCAUGAACAUUCUAUUGAAAUGGUUAACGUUACUUGCGUAGUGGAGUCUUUUUGUUUAGACGUGUAGCUAGCUAACUAAACAAUGAACCAUAAUCCCAACUCAUAAUGUUACUACCCUGCAUGAAUCUGCAGGUAGCUAACCAACCAGGUUCAAUGUUAGCUAGCUAGCUAACAUUAGGCUAUAACUAGCAAUGCAAAUGUCUCUGAGAUACAAAUAAUAUUAAUACACAGAUCAUACACGUAACGUUAGCUAGCUAGCCAGCCAGCUAACGUUAGUAGGCUAGCUAACAGUACACUUUAACUUGAAAUGAAAACGACUUUCUGACACAAUUAGAAACGUUUAAUAUCUGAAAAUUUAGCUAGCUAGACUAUCUUACCCGUAUACAUGGAUGGACGCUUCUCCCUCUCUGUCACGGUUGCCCUUAGUUUGAAGAUGUAAUCCGGAGACAGGUGUUUUAUACAACAGCCUUCUCUGUGUGUUCUCUUUUCGACUCCCUCCGCAUAUUUGCAAUCAAACGGCAGAAUUUUCUCCAUCUCCUUAGCUAUCAUACUCUAAUUCCACUGAUUUCAAAACUCGGUCCUCCAGAAAGUGGAGAGCAACACUUAUGCAGUUCUACUACGUGAAAUCUUUUUUAAAAAGCUGCGUUAGAAAGGAUUACCUACACAUACUGACCAGCUCAUAUUAUAGACAGAAGCGUGUUACAUGGCAGACCAAUCCGAACUCAUCUCUUGGCAUGUCCAGCCCACUCAAUAUCUCAGCCAAUCAUGGCUAGCGGGAAGGUUGCUGUCUUUUUCUGUGGCUAAACCAACUAGGCUCGUAAUUUAACAAUUGUAUUCGUAUUUACAGAUGGCAUACAAGUUUGUUAUUAAGACACAUGGCAGUUCACAUGUUCCAGAAGGCAUUUCUGCCAAAAAAGUUAACGUUCAAAUGGCUCUCCUGUGAAGUAGUGACGUGGGGACAAAACCCUAUUUUUCCGGGAAAACGAGUCCAAUUACCCCUGAAAAACAUUUAAAAAUGUUAAACUUAGUUUUUUUUGGUUUUAAUCAAGUUAAUUAGGGAUGUAUGACAGGUUAACCCGGGGGGUUUAUGGGUUUCAAAAAUAAAAAGGGGGGGGGAAACCAAAAAAAACACCCCCCCCCCCCCCCUAAAAAUUUAUAGGGGUAAAUUUGCUCAGCCCAAAACAUCCCUCCCAAAUCUGAUAUUGGAAAUUUCCCCUAAAAAACCAACCCCUCCCAAAAUCUGAUAGUGGUAUAUGCUCUUUCCAAAAACACCCCCCCUAAUCAUAUUUUGGUUUAGUUUUCUCGGGGUCAAAAACACCCCUCCCAAUCUGAUAGUGGAAAUUCUCGGGUAAAAAACACCCCCCCUAAUCUAAAUAGUGGUAGAUGCUCAGUCAAAAACAACCCCCUCCCAAAUCUGAUAGGGUAAAAUCUCAUUCAAAACCCCCCCCCUAAUUUUAUAGGGGUAGAGCUAAACCCAAAAAAACACCCCUCCCUAAUCUGAUAGUGGUAGAUGCUCAGUCAAAAACACCCCUCCCUAAUCUGAUAGUGGUAGAUGCUCAGUCAAAAACACCCCUCCCUAAUCUGAUAGUGGUAGAUGCUCAGUCAAAAACACCACCCUCCCUAAUCUGAUAGUGGUAGAUGCUCAGUCAAAAAAAACCCCUCCUAAUCUGAUAGUGGUAGAUCUCAGUCAAAAACACCCUCCCCUAAUCUGAUAGUGGUAGAUGCUCAGUAAAACCCCUCCCUUGAUGCUUUCUAUUCAUCAAUUCACACGCACAGGGCCGCUCAGCCAGAGAGGAAGAGGCAAAGCAAGAGGGUUAACUACGCCCAAAAUCUGUCUUCUCCAGCAGGUUGGCCGUUUUUCUUCUUUUUUUUUCACCCACUAAGCCUGGAGUUUUUGUAUAGAGGUCAGGAGAGAUUGUCGAAUUUGGUUAUGGUUGUGCCAGUUGUUCACAAGCGUAUCUUCCCUCUCAUUGGCUAGAAUGGUCCCACCUGAUCUUGCCUCCUCCCGACUGCCUUUCAUUUUUUAAGAAAUGUAUUUUAAUUGUUAGAGCGAAGUUUACUUUAAUUUACUUUUCUGUACUUUAGUUAUCUAUUUAAUUUACUUUACUUUUCUUAGCUAUUUACUUUACUAUACUUUACUUAGCUAUUGACUUUACUUUACUGUACUUUUCUACUUACUUUACUUAACCACAAACUUACUUUACUUUGCCACCAACUUACUUUACUUAGCCACUAACUUACUUUAUUUUACUUUGCCACUAACUUACUUUACUUUGCCACUAACUUACUUUACUUUACUUUGCCACAAACUUACUUUACUUUGCCACAAACUUACUUUACUUUGCCACUAACUUACUUUACUUUGCCACUAACUUACUUUAUUUUACUUUGCCACUAACUUACUUUACUUAGCCACUAACUUACUUUAUUUUACUUUGCCACUAACUUACUUUACUUUGCCACUAACUUUACUUUACUUUGCCACAAACUUACUUUACUUUGCCACUAACUUACUUUACUUUGCCACAAACUUACUUUACUUUGCCACAAACUUACUUUACUUUGCCACUAACUUACUUUACUUUGCCACUAAUUUACUUUACUUUGCCACUAACCUACUUUACUUUGCCACCAACUUACUUUAUUUGCCACUAACUUACUUUACUUUGCCACCAACUUACUUUACUUUGCCACCAACUUACUUUACUUUGCCGCUAACUUACUUUACUUUGCUACUAACUUACUUCACUUAGCCACUAACUUACUUAACUUUGCCACUAACGUACUUUACCACUAACUUUACUUUGCUUUACAGUACAAUAGGGUUGUAACAUGCAUUGCCAUGGUUUCCCCAGGCAGCACUAAUUCCAGGAACAGUAGCCAUAGAGACGGGAGUGAGUCAGUGCAGCAGAAGACUAAGAAACAGCUGAUCAUGGAGAAACUCAGAGAACAGAUGAUCAAAGCCAAGACCUUCACUAUCAAGAGGUGGGAUUGACUGGUUGAAUGAUUGAUUGGUUGAUUGACUGACUGAUUAGUUGGUUAAUUGGUUUACGUUUACAUUUACAUUUUGGUUGAUUGGUUGAUUGAUUUUUAUUUGUAUCAUUGUCUCUCCAGGACCAUGGAGGUCUACCUCCCUGUCCGUCAGUUCUUCUACGACCUGGUGCACCCAGAGUACAGCGCUGUGACAGACGUCUAUGUCCUCAUGUUCCUGGCCGACACCGUUGACUUCAUCAUCAUCGUCUUCGGCUUCUCCGCUUUUGGGGUAUGUACGUCUGGUCUCUCUUGGGGGGUAUGUACACUACCGUUCAAAGGUUUUAGAACACCUACUCAUUCAAGGGUUUUUCUUAAUUUUUUUUACUAUUUUCUACAUUGUAGAAUAAUAGCGAAGACAUCAAAACUAUGAAAUAACACAUAUGGGAAUCAUGUAGUAACCAAAAAAGUGUUAAACAAAUCAAAAUAUAUUUUAUAUUUGAGAUUCUUCAAAUAGUCACCCUUUGCCUUGAUGACAGCUUUGCACACUCUUGGCAUUCUCUCAACCAGCUUCACCUGGAAUGCUUUUCCAACAGUCUUGAAGGAAUUCCCACAUAUGCUGAGCACUUGUUGGCUGCUUUUCCUUCACUCUGCGGUCCGACUCGUUCCAAACCAUCUCCAUUUGGUUGAGGUGUGUUGGGACAUUUUCCUGUUGAAAAACAAAGCUGUGGUAGCCAUGCUGGUGAAGUGUGCCUUGAAUUCUAAAUAAAUCACAGACAGUGUCACCAGCAAAGCACCCCCACACCAUAACACCUCCUCCUCCAUGCUUUACGGUGGGAAGUACACAUGAGGAGAUCAUCCGUUCACCCACACCGCGUCUCACAAAGACAUGCCGGUUUGAACCAAAAAUCCCAAAUUUGGACUCCAGACCAAAGGACAGAUUUCCACCGGUCUAAUGUCCAUUGCUCGUGUUUCUUGGCCCAAGCAGGUCUCUUCUUAAUAUUGGUGUCCUUUAGUAGUGGUUUCUUUGCAGCAAUUCAACCAUGAAAGCCUGAUUCACACAGUGUCCUCUGAACAGUUGAUGUUGAGAUGUGUCUGUUACUUGAACUCUGUGAAGCAUUUAUUUGGGCUGCAAUUUCUGAGGCUGGUAACUAUAAUGAACAUAUCCUCUGCAGCAGAGGUAACUCUGGGUCUUCCAUUCCUGUGGUGGUAUUCAUGAGAGCCAGUAUCAUCAUAGCGCUUGAUGGUUUUUGCGACUGCACUUGAAGAAACUUUCAAAGUUCUUGACAUUUUCCGUAUUGACUGACCUUCAUGUCUUAAAGUAAUGAUGGACUGUCAUUUCUCUUUGCUUAUUUGAGCUGUUCUUGCCAUAAUAUGGACUUGGUAUUUUACCAAAUAGGGCUAUCUUCUGUAUACCCCCCUACCUUGUCACAACACAACUGAUUGGCUCAAACGCAUUAAGAAGGAAAGAAUUCCACAAAUGAACUUUUAAGAAGGCACACCUGUUAAUUGAAAUGCAUUCAGGUGACUACCUCAUGAAGCUGGUUGAGAGAAUGCCAAGAGUGUGCAAAGCUGUCAUCAAGGCAAAGGGUGGCUACUUUGAAGAAUCUCAAAAAUAAAAUAUAUUUUGAUUUGUUUAACAUUUUUUGGUUACUACAUGAUUCCAUAUGUGUUAUUUCACAGUUUUGAUGUCUUCACUAUUAUUCUACAAUGUAGAAAAUAGUAAAAAUAAAGAAAAACCCUUGAAUGAGUAGGUGUGUCCAAACUUUUGACUGGUAGUGUCUGUCUGGUCUCUUUUGGGGUAUGUCUAGUCUCUUCUGGGGUAUGUCUGGUCUCUUCUGGGGUAUGUCUGGUCUCUUUUGGGGUAUGUCUGGUCUCUUUUGGGGUAUGUCUGGUCUCUUUUGGGGUAUGUCUGGUCUCUUCUGGGGUAUGUCUGGUCUCUUCUGGGGUAUGUCUGGUCUCUUUUGUGUAUGUCUGGUCUCUUUUGGGUAUGUCUGGUCCUCUUUUGGGGUAUGUCUGGUCUCUUUUGAGGUAUGUCUAGUCUCUUUUGAGGUAUGUCUGGUCUCUUUUGAGGUAUGUCUGGUCUCUUUUGGGGUAUGUCUGGUCUCUUUUGGGGUAUGUCUGGUCUCUUUUGAGGUAUGUCUGGUCUCUUUUGAGGUAUGUCUAGUCUCUUUUGGGGUAUGUCUGGUCUCUUUUGGGGUAUGUCUGGUCUCUUUUGGGGUAUGUCUGGUCUCUUUGGGGUAUGUCUAGUCUCUUUUGGGGUAUGUCUGGUCUCUUUUGGGGUAUGUCUGGUCUCUUUUGGGUAUGUCUGGUCUCUUUUGGGGUAUGUCUGGUCUCUUUUGGGUAGUCUGGUCUCUUUUGGGGUAGUGUCUAGUCUCUUUUGGGGUAUGUCUGGUCUCUUUUGGGGUAUGUCUGGUCUCUUUUGGGUAUGUCUAGUCUCUUUUGGGGUAUAUCUGGUCUCUUUUGAGGUAUGUCUAGUCUCUUUUGGGGUAUGUCUGGUCUCUUUUGAGGUAUGUCUAGUCUCUUUUGGGGUAUGUCUGGUCUCUUUUGGGGUAUGUCUGGUCUCUUUUGGGUAUGUCUAGUCUCUUUUGGGGUAUGUCUGGUCUCUUUUGAGGUAUGUCUAGUCUCUUUUGGGGUAUGUCUGGUCUCUUUUGGGGUAUGUCUGGUCUCUUUUGGGUAUGUCUCUUUUGGGGUAUGUCUGGUCUCUUUUGGGGUAUGUUCUGGUCUCUUUUGGGGUAUGUCUGGUCUCUUUUGGGGUAUGUCUGGUCUCUUUUGGGGUAUGUCUAGUCUCUUUUGGGGUAUGUCUAGUCUCUUUUGGGUAUUUACCUCUAGGGCUAGAGCUAUACACUAACGCUAACCCAGAGUUGAACAUCUACAAAUCCUCUUAUCUUACCUUAUCUCAUCUUUUCUUAUCGUAUCCGUCAGAAACACUCGGCGGGAGCAGACAUCACGUCGUCCCUGUCGGAGGACCAGGUUCCCGGAGCCUUCCUGGUGAUGGUUCUGAUCCAGUUUGGGACAAUGGUGGUGGACCGGGCCCUGUACCUCAAGAAGACAGUGCUGGGGAAGGUCAUCUUCCAGGUGGUCCUGGUAUUCGGGAUACACUUCUGGAUGUUCUUCAUCCUGCCCGGACUCUCUGAGAGGUAAAUACUCACCUUGCGGAGUAAAUUAGUUAAUAAAUCUGAUUUAUUGGUUGAUUGCUUGCUCAAUUAGUUGUUGAAUUAGUUCAUUUGUAAACAUAUCCAGUUCUUUCAGAUCUCCCUAGGGGGUAGGGGCUCGUGAUCGAUUAAGGAUUCAUCAUUAGUAGCAGUGUUAUGUCAUUAGUAACUGUGUUUAUCAUUAGUAACCUUGCUUAACAGUAUGUAUACCUCUGUCCACUUUGCAGGCGUUUCAAUGAGAACACAGUGGCCAAGCUGUGGUACUUUAUCAAGUGUAUCUACUUUGGGCUGUCAGCCUAUCAGAUCCGCUGUGGCUACCCCACCAGAGUCCUGGGUAACUUCCUCACCAAGAGCUACAACUACGCCAACCUCUUCCUGUUUCAAGGGUGAGUUAGGACAGGGGUUCCCAAGCGUUUUUCGGGCCAGGGACCCCAUUUGUGACAGCAAAUUCGCGGGGGAACUCAGUCCGGCUUUAAACUUACUGUUGAAAGUUGUAAUAGUAGAAUGCACAAGGUGCAAUUUCAAAAUUGGGUUAGUGCAUCAUCAGUAUUCCUCUUGUCAUGUCAGUCAUUGCAUACCUUAGAGAGCUACUUAUAACUCGUCAGAAAUGUCCAAAUAGCCCAUGGAUAUUAUUGCAAUGUUUGAGUCACUCAAAUAUCAAAUGAAUACACAUUAGAAAUGGUAAAAUGUUUUAGAAUUGCAAGAAAAUGUGCUUUAAAACUGCAAAAUGUUGUCUGCACCCCAUGACAAAAUGUGUAGAAUUGGAGGAAAUAAGCUUUAAACCUGCAAAAUGUUCUCUCCGCCAACAAGAGGGGUGGGAACAGUUUGUGUCAUGAACAGUGCUUGGGCCCUUAGAAAUAGACGUGGAGGGGGAUGGGAGGCGGGAUGUUCCCCAAUGCUGCAAGGGGGGGGCCUGAGUGAAAAGGUUUGGGAACCCUUGCAGUCUUCGACAGACCUCUUGGCCAAAUUCAUUUAAUCUGUUGUAGCAGGGAACCUGGAACCUGGCCGGGUAUGGGAACCAUUGAGUUAGGACACUGUGGGGGGUAGUAGGACAUUCAACUCACAUUAAACAUAGAGGAGUUUAUCACUGUUGCACUGUGUGCACGUCUCAAAUCACUCCCUAUUCCAGGACUCUGACUUGACUCCAGGACUCUGACUUGACUCCAGGACUUGACUCCAGGACUCUGACUUGACUCCAGGACUCUGACUUGACUCCAGGAUUCUGACUUGACUCCAGGACUCUGACUUGACUCCAGGACUUGACUCCAGGACUCUGACUUGACUCCAGGACUCUGACUCCAGGACUCUGACUUGACUCCAGGAUUCUGACUUGACUCCAGGACUCUGACUUGACUCUGACUUGACUCCAGGAUUCUGACUUGACUUCAGGACUCUGACUCCAGGACUCUGACUUGACUUCAGGACUCUGACUUGACUCCAGGAUUCUGACUUGACUCCAGGACUCUGACUUGACUCUGACUUGACUCCAGGACUUGACUCCAGGAUUCUGACUUGACUUCAGGACUCUGACUUGACUCCAGGACUUGACUCCAGGACUCUGACUUGACUCCAGGACUCUGACUCCAGGACUGUGACUUGACUCCAGGUCUCUGACUUGACUCCAGGACUUGACUCCAGGAUUCUGACUUGAUUUCAGGACUCUGACUUGACUCUGACUUGACUCCAGGACUUGACUCCAGGAUUCUGACUUGACUUCAGGACUCUGACUUGACUCCAGGACUCUGACUUGACUCUGACUUGACUCCAGGACUGUGACUUGACUCCAGGACUGUGACUUGACUCCAGGACUCUGACUUGACUCUGACUUGACUCCAGGACUCUGACUUGACUUGGACAAUUUUCAUGACGUGUAACAUGACCCGGACUCGACCAAUGGUGACUCGGACUUGGACUCGACCAGUAGUGACUUUGUUGUCAGAAAGUCUCCCUUGCAUAAUUCAACAUGCUAUACUGUAUGUGAGAAAGAGGCUAUGAUUUGAGAGCCAGUGUCACAACCCAGGUGUGUGUGUGUGGGUGUGUGUGUUCACCUCCAGGUUCCGUCUGAUCCCGUUCCUGACUGAGCUGCGUGCAGUGAUGGACUGGGUCUGGACCGACACCUCCCUGUCCUUAUCCUCCUGGAUCUGUGUGGAAGACAUCUACGCACACAUCUUCGUCCUCAAGUGCUGGAGGGAGUCAGAGAGGGUUGGUUGUGUAUCCUCCCCUGUUCAUGUGUCUGUGUAUGUGGGACCAACAGGGUUCGAAGUUCGAACCCGAGCUCUGCCCACUGCGCCACAAGACUGUGUUAGCUUAGCCCACUGAGCUAAAGCCCAAGAAGGCCCACUGCCUUCUGUUAAAUAAAUAAAUAAAAAUUACAACCUGCAUUUGUGUUGCAAAGUUUGAUUUGAUUUAAACAUUAGCUCUGGGAGUUAAGACAAGUCUUCAGAUCUAAGGCAAGAUUACCCAGAUAACCAUGGACAGGGGAGGAUACAAGACCAACCCACUCGUCAUGGGAGUGUGAUACACCGAACCAACCACCUUACAUCACAUAAGUCUAUGGAUGCAUCCCAAAUGGCACCUUAUUCCCUACAUAGCGCACUACUUUUGACCAGGACCCAUUGGUACCAUAUUGCCUAUGGACUACUUGGGCCCUGGUCACUUUAUACGGAACAGGUGUGCCAUUUCCUCCUCCUCCUCUCCCCUCCCCUCCAGAGGUACCCUCAGCCAAUAACUAUAGUCCUCCUCUCCUCUCCCCUCCAGAGGUACCCUCAGCGCCCAUAACUAUAGUCCUCCUCUCCCCCUCCCCUCCAGAGGUACCCUCAGCCCAUAACUAUAGUCCUCCUCUCCCCUCCCCUCCAGAGUUACCUCCAGCCCAUAACUAUAGUCCUCCUCUCCCCUCCCCUCCAGAGUUACCCUCCAGCCCAUAACUAUAGUCCCUCCUCCCCUCCCCUCCAGAGUACCCUCAGCCUAAUAAGUCCUCCUCUCCCUCCCCUCCAGGGGUUACCUCAGCCCAUAACUAUAGUCCUCCUCUCCCCCUCGACUCAGACCCCCUCUCCAGAGGUACCCUCAGCCCAAACUAUAGUCCUCCUCUCCCUCUCCUCCAGAGUACCCUCAGCCCAUAACUAUAGUCCUCCUCUCCCUCCCCUCCAGUAGGUACCCUCAGCCAUAACUAGUCAUUCCCUUCCUCUCACCCCUCCCCUCCAGGGUAUCCCUCAGCCCAUAACUAUAGUCCUCCCCUCCUCUGUCCCCAGCCACUACCCUCUCUCCUCCUCAGGGUACCCUCAGCCCAUAACUAUAGUCCUCCUCUCCCGUCCCCUCCAGAGGUACCCUCAGCCCAUAACUAUAGUCCUCCUCUCCCUCCUCCCUCCAGGUACCUCAGCCCUAACUAUAGUCCUCCUCUCCCCUCCCCUCCAGAGUACCCUCAGCCCAUAACUAUAGUCCUCCUCUCCCUCCCCUCCAGGGUACCCUCAGCCCAUAACUAUAGUCCUCCUCUCCCCCUCCCUCCAGAGGUACCCUCAGCCCAUAACUAUAGUCCUCCUCUCCCCUCCCUCCAGAGGUACCUCAGCCCAUAACUAUAGUCCUCCUCUCCCCCUCCCUCCAGUGGUACCCUCAGCCCAUAACUAUUGUCCUCCUCUCCCCCUCCAGUGUACCCUCCCCCCUCCAGAGAUACCCUCAGCCCAUAACUAUAGUCCUCCUCUCCCCUCCCCUCCAGUGGUACCCUCAGCCCAUAACUAUAGUCCUCCUCUCCCUCCCCUCCAGAGUACCCUCAGCCAUAACUAUAGUCCUCCUCUCCCCUCCCUCCAGAGGUACCCUCAGCCCAUAACUAUAGUCCUCCUCUCCCCUCCCUCCAGAGGUACCCUCAGCCCAUAACUAUAGUCCUCCUCUCCCCUCCCUCCAGAGGUACCCUCAGCCCAUAACUAUAGUCCUCCUCUCCCCUCCCCUCCAGAGGUACCCUCAGCCCAUAACUAUAGUCUCCCUCCUCCUCCCUCACCUCCCUCCCAGUGGUACCCUCAGCCCAUAACUAUAGUCCUCCUCUCCCCCUCCUCUCCAGAGGUACCCUCAGCCUAUAACUAUAGUCCUCCUCUCCCCUCCUCUCCAGAGGUACCCUCAGCCCAUAACUAUAGUCCUCCUCUCCCCCUCACUUCAGAGGUACCCUCAGCCCAUAACUAUAGUCCUCCUCUCCCCCUCCUCCUCCAGGGUACCCUCAGCCAUAACUAUAGUCCUCCUCUCCCCCCCUCCAGUGGUACCCUCAGCCCAUAACUAUAGUCCUCCUCUCCCCUCCCCUCCAGAGUACCCUCAGCCCAUAACUAUAGUCCUCCUCUCCCCCUCCAGAGGUACCCUCAGCCCAUAACUAUAGUCCUCCUCUCCCCCUCCAGAGGUACCUCAGCCCAUAACUAUAGUCCUCCUCUCCCUCCUCCAGAGGUACCCUCAGCCCAUAACUAUAGUCCUCCUCUCCCCUCCUCUCCAGAGGUACCCUCAGCCCAUAACUAUAGUCCUCCUCUCCCCUCCCUCCAGAGGUACCCUCAGCCCAUAACUAUAGUCCUCCUCUCCCCUCCCUCCAGAGGUACCCUCAGCCCAUAACUAUAGUCCUCCUCUCCCCCUCCUCUCCAGAUGUACCCUCAGCCCAUAACUAUAGUCCUCCUCUCCCCCUCCCUCCAGAGGUACCCCCAGCCCAUAACUAUAGUCCUCCUCUCCCCUCCCCUCCCCUCCAGUGGUACCCUCAGCCCAUAACUAUAGUCCUCCUCUCCCCCUCCUCUCCAGGUACCCUCAGCCCAUAACUAUAGUCCUCCUCUCCCCCUCCCCUCCAGAGGUACCCUCAGCCCAUAACUAUAGUCCUCCUCUCCCCUCCAGGUACUACCCAACCUCCUCCAAUACUAUAGUCCCAUCCUCUACCCCUCUCCCCCUCCAGGUACCUCAGCCCAUAACUAUAGUCCUCCUCUCCCUCCCUCCAGAGGUACCCUCAGCCCAUAACUAUAGUCCUCCUCUCCCCUCCCCUCCAGGUACCCUCAGCCCAUAACUAUAGUCCUCCUCCCCUCCCCUCCAGAGUACCCCCAGUCCCAUAACUAUAGUCCUCCUCUCCUCCCUCCAGAUCCCCAGUCCAUAACUAGUCCUCUCUCCCCUCCAGAGUACCUCAGCCAUAACUAUAGUCCUCCUCUCCCCCCCCUCCCUCCAGAGGUACCCUCAGCCCAUAACUAUAGUCUCCUCCCCCUCCUCCUCCAGUGGUACCCCCAGCCCAUAACUAUAGUCCUCCUCUCCCCUCCCCUCCAGAAGUUACCCUCCAGACCAAUAACUAUAGUCCUCCUCUCCCUCCCUCCAAGGUACCCCAGCCAUAACUAUAGUCCUCUCCCCCUCCAGAGGUACCCUCAGCCCAUAACUAUAGUCUCCUCUCCCCCUCCAGAGGUACCCCCAGCCCAUAACUAUAGUCCUCCUCUUCCCCUCCAGUGGUACCCCUCAGCCAUAACUAUAGUCCUCCUCUCCUCGUUCCCCUCCAGAGGUACCCUCAGCCCAUAACUAUAGUCCUCCUCUCCCCUCCAGGGUACCUCAGCCUAACUAUAGUCCUCCUCUCCUCUCCAGUGUACCCCAGCCCAUAACUAUAGUCUCCUCUCCCUCCCCUCCAGAGGUACCCUCAGCCCUAACUAUAGUCCUCCUCUCCCCCCUCCAGAGGUACCCUCAGCCCAUAACUAUAGUCCCUCCCCCCUCUCCAGGGUACCCUCAGCCCAUAACUAUAGUCCUCCUCUCCUCCCCUCCAGAGGUACCCUCAGCCCAUAACUAUAGUCCUCCUCCUCUCCCCUCCAGUGGUACCCUCAGCCCAUAACUAUAGUCCUCCUCUCCCUCUCCAGUGGUACCCUCAGCCCAUAACUAUAGUCCUCCUCUCCCCCCUCCAGAGGUACCCUCAGCCCAUAACUAUAGUCCUCCUCUCCCCUCUCCAGAGGUACCCUCAGCCCGUAACUAUAGUCCUCCUCUCCCUCUCCAGUGGUACCCUCAGCCCAUAACUAUAGUCCUCCUCUCCCGUCCCCUCCAGAGGUACCCUCAGCCCAUAACUAUAGUCCUCCUCUCUCCCCUCCAGAGGUACCCUCAGCCCAUAACUAUAGUCCUCCUCUCCCUCCAGUGGUACCUCAGCCCAUAACUAUAGUCCUCCUCUCCCUCCCCUCCAGAGUACCCUCAGCCCAUAACUAUAGUCCUCCUCUCCCCCUCCUCAGAGGUAUCUCAGCCCGUAACUAGUACCCCUCCAGAGGUACCCUCAGCCCAUAACUAUAGUCCUCCUCUCCCCCUCCAGAGGUACCCUCAGCCCAUAACUAUAGUCCUCCUCUCCCCUCCCCUCCAGAGGUACCCCCAGCCCAUAACUAUAGUCCUCCUCUCCCCCUCCAGAGGUACUCUCAGCCCGUAACUAUAGUCCUCCUCUCCCCCUCCCAGAGGUACCCUCAGCCCAUAACUAUAGUCCUCCCUCCCCCUCCAGAGGUACCCUCAGCCCAUAACUAUAGUCCUCCUCUCCCCCUCCAGAGGUACCCUCAGCCCAUAACUAUAGUCCUCCUCUCCCUCUCCAGAGGUACCCUCAGCCCAUAACUAUAGUCCCCUCUCCCCCCCUCCAGAGGUACCCUCAGCCCAUAACUAUAGUCCUCCUCCCCUCCAGAGGUACCCUCAGCCCAUAACUAUAGUCCUCCUCUCCCCUCCAGUGGUACCCCAGCCCAUAACUAUAGUCCUCCUCUCCUCCCCUCCAGAGUUACCCCUCCCCCAGCCCAUAACUAUAGUCCUCCUCUCCCCUCCAGGUACCUCAGCCCUAACUAUAGUCCUCUCUCCCUCUCAGGGUACCCCAGCCCAUAACUAUAGUCCUCCUCUCCCCUCCUCUCCCCUCCAGUAUACCCCAGCCCAUAACUAUAGUCCUCCUCUCCCCCUUCCUCCAGAGGUACUCUCAGCCCGUAACUAUAGUCCUCCUCUCCCCCUCCUCUCCAGAGGUACCCUCAGCCCAUAACUAUAGUCCUCCUCUCCCCCUCCAGAGGUACCCUCAGCCCAUAACUAUAGUCCUCUCUCCCCUCCAGAGGUACCCACUAACUAAAAGUCCUCCUCUCCCCUCCUCCAGAGGUACCCUCAGCCCUAACUAUAGUCCUCCUCUCCCCCCUCCAGAGGUACCCUCAGCCCAUAACUAUAGUCCUCCUCUCCCCUCCCUCCAGGGUACCUCAGCCCAUAACUAUAGUCCUCCUCUCCCCUCCAGGGUACCCUCCUAAUAUAGUCCUCUCCCUCCUCCAGGUACCCUCAGCCCAUAACUAUAGUCUCCUCUCCCCCUCCAGAGGUACCCUCAGCCCAUAACUAUAGUCCUCUCGUCUCCUCCUCCCCUCCCCUCCAGUGAUACCUCCAGCCCAUAACUAUAGUCCUCCUCUCCCCUCCCGAGUGUACCCUCAGCCCAUAACUAUAGUCCUCCUCUCCCCUCCAGUGGUACCCUCAGCCAUAACUUAGGCUCCUCUCUCCUCCAGAGGUACCCCCAGCCGCGGGGCAAGCUAAGAAGCGGUGGUGAAGUAUGGGAUGGGAGGGAUGAUCGUCAUGCUUCUCAUCUGUAUCAUUUGGUUCCCUCUACUCUUCAUGUCUCUGUCAGUCUGUGGUGGGGGUGGUCAACAAACCACUGGACGUCUCCUUCUCCAUCACCCUGGCA